AAAAUCCACUCGAGCAGCAUCUUAUGAUCCAUAUUUUCUCUCGCUCCCUGAGAACUACGAAGCAGACAUGAGUCUCUCUGAAAAAGACAAGGCCCAGGUGCGGAGCUUCUGGGCCAAAAUUGAUACGAAGGCCGGAGAGAUUGGUGCUGAAGCUCUGGGCAGGAUGCUGGUUUCCUACCCGCAGACCAAGACCUACUUUUCCCACUGGGGCCAGGAACUGAACUCUCAAACCCCUCAAGUGAAGAAACAUGGCGCAAUCAUCAUGGGAGGCGUGAGGAAGGCCGUCAAAUGCAUUGAUGAUCUUGUCCGUGGUAUGAGCGACCUCAGCGAGUUGCAUGCCUUCAAGCUGCGGGUGGAUCCUGCCAACUUUAAGAUCCUGGCCCACAAUAUCAUCUUGGUUUCGGCCAUGUACUUCCCUGCAGAUUUCACUCCAGAGGUUCACGUCUCAGUGGACAAAUUUCUGCAGAGGCUGGCCUGGGCUCUGUCUGAGAGGUACCGCUAAACUCCAGCAACGGAUAAGCAUCGACUGCUUGCAUGUGGCAUGUUGUCCAAAAGGGUCAACAACUCUUUCGAUGUGUAGGUGCUUGUUCAAUAAAAACACAAACGUAAAAUA